AACCACACGGAACAAGUAAUAAGAACGAAUAACCUUUUUUUGUUUGACUAGCAAAUGUUACAUUAGAGAAUAUUUCUUGAGAGAAUUUGUUGGGAGAUUACAGAGAAAAAAAUCGAUGGCAACUUCGAAGCUUCAAGCUCUCUGGAAUCAUCCAGCUGGACCUAAGACAAUUCAUUUUUGGGCGCCAACGUUCAAGUGGGGUAUAAGCAUUGCUAACAUUGCAGACUUUCAAAAACCUCCAGAGACACUUUCAUACCCACAACAAAUUGUGAUCACAGGCACUGGACUUGUUUGGUCACGUUACAGCACUGUAAUUACUCCGAAAAACUGGAAUCUCUUUAGUGUAAGUCUUGGUAUGGCUGUGACAGGCAUAUACCAACUUACUCGUAAAAUAAAGCACGAUUAUUCAUCUGAAUCAAAUCCUAUUGUUGCAAAAGAAUGAUGAAGAUGAAGCCUUGUGGUUCUUAUUAAAAACUAAUCUUUCAUUCCAAAAUAUCAUCAUGUCAAGGCUUGAUUUUGUUUCCAUACCCAAAUCUUUUUUGGGUUAUAAAUUGGUUAUGUUAUCGUUAGAAAAUGAAAUACUGGUGUGAGUACUAUGAAUGUAUAACUUUUCUGCAUUUUAUUCAACCAAUAUUAUAAAAUUUAGAGGAAUGCUUAA